AUGCGCAUAGACACACCCUCGGGCCCUCUGCACAUCGCAGAGGAGCCCAUCGGCUCGCCCGAGUUCUGGGGGAAGAUGGCCGUGUCCGCCGCGCUCGUCCUCCUCGGCGGUGUCUUCGCCGGCCUCACGCUCGGGCUCAUGGGCCUCGACGAGCUGCACCUCCGCGUGCUCGCGGCGUCGUCCGACGACGACAAGGAGAAGGCGAACGCGACCAAAGUGCUCAAACUGUUGACGAAGGGGAGGCAUUGGGUGUUGGUUGUGCUGCUUCUGGGGAACGUUGUGGUCAACGAGUCGCUCCCUAUCUUCUUGGAUGGCGCUAUUGGCGGAGGCAUUGCAGCUGUGGUCAUCUCUACUGUCACCAUUGGUAUGGUCAUCCCUCAAGCCGUCAGCGUCAGAUACGGCCUCAGCAUCGGCGCAGCAUGCGCGCCGUUUGUCCAGCUCCUCAUGUACAUCCUCGCUCCAAUCGCUUGGCCGACCGCCAAGCUGCUCGACAAGGUGCUUGGCGUGCACUCGGCGAACACGUACAAGAAGGCCGAACUCAAGUCAUUUCUCUCUCUCCACCGGAACGGCGAGGAGCCGCUGCGCGACGACGAGAUCAAUAUUCUCAGCGGGGUGCUCGACCUGGGACGGAAGAAGGCGGAGGGGAUUAUGACCCCUAUCAAGGACGUCGUCACGAUGAGCGCGGACACCAUCCUCGACGACAAGACCAUGGAGUUCAUCCUCUCCUCGGGCUACUCCCGCAUCCCGAUCCACGAGCCUGGACAGCCGCUCGCGUUCCGCGGGCUGCUGCUCAUCAAGCGGCUGCUGACGUACGACCCCGCGCAGAUGCUGCCCGUCUCGAACGUGAAGCUCUCGAUCCUGCCCGAAGCGACGCCCGACAUCUCGUGCUUCCAGGCGCUCGACUACUUCCAGACGGGGCGCGCGCACCUGCUGCUGAUCAGCCAGACGCCCGGCGUGCCCGACGGCGGGAUCGGGGUCGUCACGUUGGAGGAUAUUAUCGAGGAGAUUAUAUCGGAGGAGAUUGUGGAUGAGACGGAUCGGUUUGAGGAUAAUCAGAGUAAGAGGGCUGCGAGGCGGAUUACGACGUCGGCUGUUAUGAAGGGAAUCGUCGAGCGCGAGCGCAUCAUCCGCCAGAAUCCGACGGAAAACGGCGGCGAGCGCCAGCCGCUGCUGUCGGGCGCUGCUACGCCCUCGGUACGUCGUCCGCACCGCUCAAAGCCGGAAUGCGCUAACGGGUCAGAACAGGGCCUGCGCCACGAGGUGACGCUCAACGCCGACAGCAGCGACGCGCACACGUCGGUGCGCCCCGCGGCGCGGUAUGCGUCGUUCCACCUCAGCCCUGGCGCGAACGCGAUCGCUGUGAGGGCGGCGGAGGAAGAGGAGCGCGAGCGCGAGCGCGCGGCGAACGGAGGGGUGCACGGGUACGGGGCGACGAUGAGUGCGUCGCCGUCUGCGUGA